UUUUGUGUUUCGGCCCAACGUGCUGUAAGAACCCAGAGCCCAAUACAUCUGGGAUAUGUGGCACACAUUUUGUAUCGCUAAUUGGGCCGAUGAAAACAACCCCAUAAUCUCAGCCUAAAAGUUAAAAAAAAAACAUUCAACUAUUAUAAUAAUGCUUUAUUAAAUGCGGGUUAUUUUAAUGAAAACUUCCCGUAGCAUCUCAUAUGAGCAGUUAUAUUAAUCAAGGUUGGCGAGUCUUUUUUUUUUAACCAAAACUAAACAGGCCUAAAUAAAUACAUAAAUAAAUAAAUAAAUAAAUAAAAACAGACAAAAUAACUUUAUACAGCAUUUCGCUGAAUCUAUAUAAGCACUGAAAUCACAUCUGAUGGAAAACUAAAAUAGUCAUGUUUUAAAAUAGUCUAUCUGUGUGUCUAUUAGCCAAUGAUCGUUUACUAUAGCGGUGUAUCAUGGAAUAUAAUUGUAUUAAUGAACUAAAAUAAAUAGGGGUGGAUGCGGUGGUGUCGCUUGGCCUUGGUGCAAUGUAAUUUAUACUGAAAUACUUUCAAACUAGUCUCUACGGUCCUGAGUGUGCCUGAGCGCGACAGGCUGGUGUGUGUGUGUGUUGUAUUUAGCCGACGGGAGACCCGCACAACGAGCACACAUAUUUUACACUUUCCUCCGUUUUCAACCCCGUACCCCGCCGGAAUAUCUCGGAUAUACCCUGGUCCACGAUGGGGAAGGAGGUGAACGGAGUGUCGCGGAGCCGGUUUGAGAUGUUCUCGAACAGUGACGAGGCCGUCAUCAACAAAAAGCUGCCAAAAGAGCUGCUGCUGCGGAUAUUCUCCUUCCUGGACGUGGUGACUCUCUGCCGAUGUGCCCAGGUCUCCAGGGCCUGGAAUGUGCUGGCGCUGGACGGCAGUAACUGGCAGAGGAUCGACCUCUUUGACUUCCAGAGAGACAUCGAGGGGCGUGUCGUGGAGAACAUCUCAAAACGCUGCGGGGGGUUCCUGAGGAAGCUGAGCCUGAGGGGGUGUCUGGGGGUUGGGGACAGCGCGCUCAGGACGUUCUCUCAGAACUGCAGGAACAUCGAGCUGCUGAAUCUAAACGGCUGCACCAAGAUCACGGACGCUACCUGCAGCAGUCUCAGUAAGUUCUGUCCCAAGCUGAAGCACCUGGACCUGGCCUCCUGCACCUCCAUCACCAACCUGUCCCUCAAAGCGCUCAGUGAAGGGUGCCCCCUGCUGGAGCAGCUCAACAUCUCUUGGUGUGAUCAGGUGACCAAGGACGGGAUCCAGGCUCUGGUGCGCUGCUGCCCUGCCCUGCACUGCCUGUUCCUGAAGGGCUGCACUCAGCUGGAAGAUGAAGCUCUCAAACAUAUCGGCGCUCACUGCCCAGAACUGCUCACCUUGAACCUGCAGACCUGCUCCCAGAUCACAGACGAGGGUCUCCUCACUAUCUGCCGGGGGUGUCCCCGGCUGCAGUCCCUGUGUGUGUCCGGCUGUGCCAACAUCACCGACGCAAACCUCAACGCCCUGGGGCAGAACUGCCCGCGGCUCAGAAUCCUGGAGGUGGCUCGCUGCUCGCAGCUCACUGACCUCGGCUUCACCUCUCUGGCCCGGAACUGUCACGAGCUGGAGAAGAUGGACCUGGAAGAGUGUGUGCAGAUCACAGACAGCACCCUGAUCCAGCUCUCUAUAUACUGUCCACGGCUGCAGGUCCUGUCCCUCUCUCACUGUGAGCUCAUCACAGACGAUGGGAUCCGGCACGUUGGCAGCGGCCCCUGCGCUCACGACCGUCUGGAGGUCAUCGAGCUGGACAACUGCCCCCUGAUCACAGACGCCUCUCUGGAGCAUCUCAAGAGCUGCCACAGCCUGGAGAGGAUCGAGCUGUAUGACUGCCAGCAGAUCACCAGAGCGGGGAUCAAGAGACUUAGGACACACCUCCCCAAUAUCAAAGUCCACGCCUACUUUGCUCCAGUGACCCCGCCCCCCUCUGUGGGAGGAAGUCGUCAGAGGUUCUGCCGCUGCUGCGUCCUGCUAUGAUGUCAGAGCAGCAACACUGACUUUGUAUACAAUAUCUAGAAAUAAUGUAUAGCUGUGCAAGUCUGGACCUCGAACGCACCAUUCCACAGAUGCCUGCCUACCUGUCUGUGUCUGUGUGUGAGUGUGUGUCUGUCUGUCUGUCUGUCUGUCUGUCUGUCUAUGUCUGUCUGUGUGUGUGCGUGUCUGUCUGUCUCUGUAUACAGCAUGUCGACUCCCUCAUUGCGUUGAAGCUUGAGCCGCUGCAGGUUUUAGUGCGAGUUCACCGUGACGUACCUUUUAAAUAAGAAAUAUUUUUGUAUUCAGUGUAGUUCUUUCAUCAUUAUAGAUACACUGUACAUUCAGACAUUGUAUUCCCAAAGAAUUCACGCAGUUAAAAAAAAAAAAAAGUGCAUUUAAGACCAGUCUCAAUAUGCAGCAGAUCUGUGAAGCUGUAAAACAUACUGAAUACAAAACAGCAUUGCUGUGCGUCGCCUGUAGUCAUGACAAGCUGAAGCUCUCGUGUGCAGCCUGUUUAUAACCGUGUUGGAAACGGUCUAGCAAGCUCUUCAUAUUCAUAUCCACCUCCCUAACCUCCACACUACUUGUGAAAAUGAAUAUAUUUUUUUAUGAAAGAGCAGAUUUAAUCAAAGAAGAAAAAAAGCCAAAUUUUGCAUGUUUCAGAUAGUGUGUGUGUGUGUGUGUGUAUAUAUAUAUAUAUAUAUAUAUAUAUAUAUAUAUAUAUAUAUAUAUACUACAACUAUUAGUCCACUCUGAGUGUGUGUGUGUGUCUGUGUCAGUGUUUGUGUCGGUGUGCAUGUGUGUGUUGUAUGAUGCGUCUGUCCCACUGUGGUUCCAGCAGCACUGGCACAGGUCUGGGUUCGACUCGCAGUUCCCAGCACGUUCUCACUUUGCUCUGUGCAUUCUUGUUAAAGACCUGGUUGAGCACAGCGUUGAAGAGGCAGACUCUGGGAUUGUGUGCUCCUCUCAGGACUGGGUUAAUGUCUCUGGCACACAGACACGCAGGCGCACGCAUGCGUGGGUCAGCAUGUCACGCACACGCACACACGUCUGUGGAUUCAAAAGUAGAGGUGCAGAGAGAGAGACCAGAAGCCCAGCCCCAGUGCACUCUGGGAGAAGGGGUGCCCCUGGACACUGGCACCCCGACAGACAGACAGACAGACAGACAGACAGACUGGGGAGGAAAGUGAGCAGUCUUUGGAUUUUGGACAGACAAACUGACAAGAGUUAAGGGGUCACGGAGUACCCAGUUUCUUUGGAAGGUCAUAGGUCAUGGAGUUUGAACUGAGCAUGCCUGGUUCUGACCCCAGGGAGGUCAGUGGAGUUCAAAGGUCACUGUGUGUACUCACACAGAGCGGAGACUCCUGCGUCCAGGCUUGAAUACCUGCCUUUAACACUGUCUUUCAGACCAGCCUCUUCAGCGCUCUGUGAAAAACUGCACCCCUGGGGCUCCCAUCUUGGCUCCGAGUCCUCUGUGGUGUAUACAGGAGGCUGGUUUCGUGUAAGAGCCACAAUGGUCGCUGUUUCACAUCCUGCACUCUGACUGACAAGCAGAGCUGCACUGAUUCAGACAGCUGGUCCAGGCUUCUUGAAUGAAUAACAUUAUAGGAAUGUGACAAGCUCUGUGUGCUUCCACAGUCAAACCCACACUGCUUCAAUGUCCAGGGUUUAGGAGGAGGAACAGAAGUAUAGAUUUCCAUCUUGUUGCGUUCCUUAAUUCAGCUGCAGUUCGACUGAAGUGGACUUGAGUCUAAGAAGUUUAAGAAGUAGCAGAAAGAUGAAAGCUACUGAGAGGCACAAGAAUGGGGCCCAAAACACCUCCUUUAUCACUAACUGAGAGGCAUGUGGGUGUGACUGUGUGAGGCCACCAGAGGGCGCUAUUCAC